GAAUAAUUCAUAUGGUCCCUUUUUUCGUCUUGUCUUGCAUUUGACGUCAAUUUCAGCUACAUGGUCUUAGACAAGUCACAGCCAUUUUCAGCAACGUUGUGGUUAGCUAACAUAAAUAUAACUUGGCAGGGCUGCUGUAUGAAAUAUCAUCUCGAGCUCCUUGAUCUCUCCUCUCGACUUGACAACUUGCUACCAGACGAAUCUAUUUAAAUGCCUGGUGAUGCUCGAUGUCCUAUCAAUCUUGAGAUGUCUCACCCCGCUCCCCUUAAGAUAUUCUUUACCUGCAUAGGACUAUAGGUACCGGUACGGAGACUUCACUACGUCGGAGUCAUGAACUGCCUCCGUCAUUCUCUGCUCAUUGAUACUCAACAGCCAAUUGCCUUUUAGGAUGAAGUCGAACAAUGUAGAUCACCCCAAUAGAAGCUUUCAACCUCCAACCUGCUGAUAUCACAGUGAGGGGUCAACCCCCAGCUAACAUGGCCGAUACAUUUCUCUCUAUAUAUAUAGGUGGAGGUCUAAUCGAUCUAUAAGGUGAACGUGAACUCAAACCUUCAACCUACACACCUUAGGUUUAACUUCAAAGCCAUCUGAGCAUCAUACCACCACUUAGAUUGAAACAAUAUUUCAAAAUAAUCCCAACAUGUCAAAGGCUUUUCUCGCGGCCAAGGAGAAGUACCAGGCAGUGAUCGACGACGCUGGAAGAGGUGACUUCGUGUGCCGGACAAACCGCAUCGGUACCACUCGGCACCCCUCCAGCGGCGACUGCCACGCCACCAACACGGUUGAUCAUCCUCAGCAGCGUCGGCGAAGUAGCACAAGCAUGAAGGACAAGAUCAAGGAUCUGCUGAAUCGGCCUGCUUAUUGAAUCAGGUGUAUUUAGAGUCGCGGCGUAGUUAUCCCACCUACCCCUUUAACUGGUAGCAGCCACGGGGCUCUAUGCACAAUGAAGAAAAUACCCCAUAUCGACUGAUAUAUCGAUGAAGGUUUUUCAUAUUACUUUACUAUUAGCUUCAAGUUAUGACAUGAAUAUAUCAGGCUAUCCAACCCAAGACCUGCUUUUGAUUAACUAUUAUCCGCCGACUUUAGAUCCUUCGGCAUCCCAGGUGAUUUUGAUGGGCUCGUGGUUCCCCGAGAACUUCUGCCCGGCAAACCACAGCUCGAAUCUCAGCUCCGCGGGGGCUACGAGAACCCGGACCUCGUAACUGCACAGGUAGAAUUUCUUGCCGUGGAACAAGAACCUUCUUGAUUUACGCUUCAUAACCAUAUCGCUGUGGCUUAUCCCCGUGGUGUCGCUUUUUA